UGUGCUUACGCAGCCCUGUUUUAUGAGGGAAAAUGUAUCGUCUCGGCCAACAGUCUAUCUCCAAGAUCGCUUUCAAUUCCUUUUUAUCCACUGUGCCGCGGGAAUAUUUUCAUUUUACGAGACAAUAUAAUAAAAGCUGGUCGUGUAUUGGCUGAUUUUUGAUAAAAUUUUACAUUUAUCUGCACGAAAAUGCCAAGGACCAAGAAGAAGAACGGCAGGGGGGGGCAGCAUGGAAAUGUGCAGCCUUUCAGUGAUGAGGAUGCCUCCAUUGAGACCCUCAGUCAUUGCAGCAGCUUCAGUGACGUCACCAGUGUAGCAGAUGAAGGUGGAGAGGCCAGUGAGGACACAGCCCAGGAGGAUUUCCAGUACAAGCUGAAGGGGUUCAUAGACAGCACUGUGGAUAAGAGUGCUAAGACCAGACAAGGAGCACUGGAUGGGCUUAAGACUGCAAUGGCCACACGGAUCCUGUAUGAGUUUAUCUCAGAGAGAAGGAUGACCAUCACAGACAGCAUCGAACGCUGCCUCAAGAAAGGCAAAGGCGAGGAGCAGCGAGCAGCAGCUUCUUUGGCCUGCCUGCUGUGUAUCCAGCUGGGCUCGGGCAUUGAGAGCGAGGAGGUGCUCAAAACCCUGAAACCCAUCUUCAAAAACAUUCUAGCCGAUGGAUCAGCCAACAUACAAGCCAGACAGGCUGUGGCGACAAGUCUGGGCCUCUGUACUCUAGUUGCGGAAGAUGACAUUUUGGACGUGCAUGCCACCAUGGAGUGCUUUGAGAACCUGUUCACCCGGGCCUACGCAAGGGUGGAUGGUACCUGUCCUUCGAUCAAUCCCCAGACAAGCCAGCUCUACACCAACGCCCUGCUGUCUUGGGCGCUGCUUCUCACCAUCUGUACUGCCAGCCAGCUCAAGGACAUCCUGCGCAAAUACCUACCCAAACUGCCAAGGUUGUUGGAGAGUGAGGAUGUCAACAUGAGAAUUGCUGCAGGGGAGACCAUUGCCCUGCUGUUUGAGCUGGCCAGAGACAUGGACACCGACUUUGAGUUUGAUGACUGGGAUGAACUGUGUGAUAAGCUGAACGCAUUGGCCACAGACUGUAACAAGCACAGAGCCAAGACAGAUAAGAGGAAGCAGAGGUCUGUGUUUAGGGAUGUGCUCAAGGCUGUUGAGGAGGGUGACUUUCAGUCUGAGACCAUUCGCUUUGGGACAGAGCGCAUGACCAUUGACAGCUGGGUCAGAAAGAGGACAUAUGAUGCCUUCAGAGAGUUUGUGGGAUCUGGGAUGAACUACCACCUACAGGCAAAUGAAUUCAUCAGAGACGUUUUUGAACUGGGACCACCUAUUCUGGUUGAUUCAGCCACAAUGAAGGCCAUGAAAAUAUCUCGCUUUGAAAGGCAUCUCCACAACUCGGCUGCAUUCAAGGCUCGGACCAAGGCCAGGAGCAAGUUCAGGGACAAGAGGGUGGAUGUGGGAGAGUUUUAAUUUUGGUUUGUUUGUUUGUUUGUUUUUUUUUUUUUUUUUUUUUUUUGACUCUAACCUAUUUAUCAGGCGUCUCUGCUUUUUAGAUGAAUUGUCACAACUUUUUGUUCACAUGUUCCUCUCCUGAGAUCUGUCUUGUAGAGUGUCAAACACUUACCUUCUGUAAAUUUGAAAAGUGGCUAUAUUAGACACUUUGCUCUAUAAUGGACAACACUUUUCAAAUCUACAGGAGGUGAGUGUUUGAUGGGUUUUGGGUGGAGUAUAACUUAAAUAUUUCCACACUUAAACGGUGGUGUUGUACAUAUAGUGUAUAUUUGUUUUCUCCUUGUUAAUAUUCAUUUUUGUGGCCUUUUCUUUCGAACACUGUUAUAAGUUAUAUCAUUUUGCUAGCAUUUGUCUUGCACAGUGUAGUUCUAUUUAGUUAAUGAUGAUAAUCAACUGACCUAACCCUUUGAUGGAUUUGCAUUAAGUUGCACUACCUUGUUAACUCUUUAGCAGGUUAUUUCUGUAGAACCAUGGUGAAUAUUGUAUUGUAUUUUAGUAUCGGGUAUGUAAUUAAGGGCAAUGAUGGUGAAAUAAACACUGAAAAGCUGUAACAAA